GGGGAAGCACAGGAGCUUUUUUCUGUUCGACAUGGCCCCAUUCGAGCGGCUAGAAUCUUGCCUGCUCCACAGUUUGGUGCUCAAAAGUGUGACAACUUUGCUGAAAAAAGGCCCCUCCUUGGUGUUUGUAAGAGCACUGGAUCUUCUGGCACAAGUCCACCUUACUGUUGUGUGGAUUUGUAUUCACUUCGUACUGGGGAAAUGGUCAAGUCCAUUCAGUUUAAAACGCCUAUCUAUGAUCUCCAUUGCAACAAAAGGAUCCUUGUCGUAGUAUUGCAGGAGAAAAUUGCUGCCUUUGAUAGUUGUACUUUCACGAAAAAAUUUUUUGUCACAAGCUGCUACCCUUGUCCCGGACCCAACAUGAAUCCUAUUGCUCUUGGGAGUCGCUGGCUUGCUUAUGCAGAAAACAAGUUGAUUCGAUGCCAUCAGUCCCGUGGUGGAGCCUGUGGAGACAACAUUCAGUCUUACACUGCCACAGUCAUUAGUGCUGCUAAAACUCUGAAAACUGGCUUGACAAUGGUUGGGAAAGUGGUGACCCAGCUGACGGGCACGCUACCUUCAGGUGUGACGGAAGAUGAAGUUGCCAUCCAUAGUAAUUCAAGGCGGAGUCCUCUGGUCCCAGGCAUCAUCACAGUCAUCGACACUGAAACAGUUGGAGAAGGCCAGGUGCUUGUGAGCGAGGAUUCUGACAGUGACGGCAUCGUGGCCCAUUUCCCUGCUCAUGAAAAACCAGUGUGCUGUAUGGCUUUUAAUACAAGUGGAAUGCUUCUAGUCACAACAGAUACCCUUGGCCAUGACUUUCACGUCUUCCAAAUUUUGACUCAUCCUUGGUCCUCAUCACAAAGUGCUGUCCAUCAUUUAUAUACUCUUCACAGGGGAGAAACUGAAGCCAAAGUGCAGGACAUAUGCUUCAGCCAUGACUGCCGCUGGGUUGUGGUCAGUACACUCCGGGGCACUUCCCAUGUUUUCCCGAUCAACCCUUAUGGUGGCCAGCCUUGUGUGCGAACACAUAUGUCGCCACGAGUCGUGAAUCGUAUGAGUCGUUUCCAGAAGAGUGCUGGGCUGGAAGAGAUUGAACAGGAACUGACAUCUAAGCAAGGAGGUCGCUGUAGCCCUGUCCCAGGUCUAUCCAGCAGCCCUUCUGGAUCCCCUCUGCACGCUUCAGUCGACACCUUGUUUCUGCACCUGAAUUGCUUUCUGCUUAUUUCUUCAGGGAAGCUCAACAGCCAAGACUCCUACAAUAAUUUUGCCAACAACAACCCCGGCAACCCUCGCCUCUCUCCUCUCCCCAGCCUGAUGGUGUUGAUGCCUCUCGCCCAAAUCAAACAGCCAAUGACACUUGGUACCAUCACCAAACGAACAGGGCCUUAUCUGUUUGGAGCGGGGUGUUUUUCCAUAAAAGCUCCAUGCAAAGUUAAACCACCUCCACAAAUUUCACCAAGCAAAUCAGUGGGCGGAGAAUUUUGUGUGGCAGCAACGUUUGGGACAUCCCGAUCGUGGUUUGCAAAUAAUGCAGGUCUGAAAAGAGAAAAAGAUCAGUCCAAACAGGUGGUGGUUGAGUCCCUCUACAUCAUCAGCUGUUACGGGACUUUAGUGGAGCACGUGAUGGAGCCACGGCCGCUGAGCACCGCCCCCAAGGUCAGCGAUGACACCCCGCUGGAGAUGAUGACAUCUCCCCGAGCCAGCUGGACUCUGGUCAGAACUCCUCAAUGGAAUGAAUUGCAGCCACCAUUUAACGCAAACCACCCUCUGCUCCUUGCUGCAGAUGCAGUGCAGUAUUAUCAGUUCCUGCUUGCUGGCUUGGUUCCCCCUGGAAGUCCUGGGCCCAUUACUCGGCACGGGUCCUAUGACAGUUUAGCUUCUGACCAUAGUGGACAGGAAGAUGAAGAGUGGCUGUCUCAGGUAGAAAUUGUAACACAUACCGGACCCCACAGACGUCUGUGGAUGGGUCCACAGUUCCAGUUCAAAACCAUCCAUCCCUCAGGCCAGACCACAGUCAUAUCAUCCAGUUCAUCUGUGUUGCAGUCUCAUGGUCCAAGUGAUACUCCACAGCCCCUUUCGGAUUUUGAUACGGAUGAUCUUGACCUCAACAGUCUCAGGAUCCAGCCAGUCCGCUCUGACCCAGUCAGCAUGCCAGGGUCAUCCCGUCCAGUGUCUGAUCGAAGGGGAAUUUCCACCGUGAUCGAUGCUGCCUCAGGUUAUCUGAGGUCUUCAAUGUAAUGAAAAAUGUUUUCCCUGUUCGUAAAAAUAAUACAAGAAACCACUGAAGAAACCUAAGGAUUUCCUGUCCAAAGCAAGCAGUAUCCUUCAGUAGGUUAUCUUGUACAUAAAUUUAUACGUAAAUGUAGUCGUAGCUAAGAAGAGUAAAAGUUGUGAAUCUUUUAUCAUCACAGAUUAAAUAACACAAACUUCAGGUAACCUCCUUGGGUUUCCUCCUUGAGUUUUGGCUCAGCUCUGGUUUAUAUUGGAGCCAUAUCUGCACCUCCACUCUUUCAACCCUCUCUUUUUAUGAGACUAAAAAGUAAAUUGGGUGCUAUUUAAAUAUUUCCUACUUAUGUUUAUUGAAAACUACCCUGCCGCAGGGCAUAGCACUUUGAAAAACUGCUUUGCACCAGCCCAGUUUUCCAAACCCACGUGGUUUACCCAAAAACCUGGACUUUGCUUUCCUCAGACCUUUAAUUUCUUUAAACCAAAUGAUCACACAAAAACUUAGGAGGAGCCUAGUUUCAUUUGUGAGGUUUUCAAUAAAAGUUAAGUGGAGUGUGGCUAGAAAACCAGACCCUGAAAAGCCAUGACUCUGCUGACACUAGAGGAAAAACCUACAGAAUUCUUAUACUUCCUGCUUUCAGUGUUGGGGAGAAGAGAAAAAACAAGAAAGAUGGAAGAGCUUUAGUGCUGGUCCACUUUAGGGAAAAAGGGGGGUGAGGGAAGUUUGGUUGAGUUCAUCUGUUACUUAUCUGGUAUUUUAUUUAAAGUUUGCCCUAUUUCUAGAAAUUUUUGAAAAUUCAGAAGAGUAUUAAAAAUAAAAUUUAAAAACUAAUUUCAUUCCAUAAAUAUAAUUAUUCUUAACAUUUUGGUAUAUAACUUCUUAGUGUUUGACUUUUUAAAAUUUAUAUUUAAUAUUGACCUAAUAUUAAAUAAUAUUUUGUAGCUUUCCUCCUCCUCAUCAUCAGAUUUUCUUCAAGUUGUUCAAUAUUUUCCAAAAUAUAGAUAUUUUAAUGAUUGUAUUCUCUGAAUCAUUUAUUUGUGUAGUCUUCCAUCCUUAAAGUUUGUAGUUUCUAAUUUUUUCUAAUUUUUUUUACCAGGCUAAUUAAGAAUAAAAUUCCCAUAUAUAGAUCUUUGGUUUAUAUGUUUCUAAACAUUUAAAGAAGAAAUAAUAGCAAUACUUUUCGACUAUUCCAAAAAGCAGAAGAGGAGAAAAUACCUCUAAACUCAUUUCAUGAUGUCAGUAUUAUCCUGAUACCAAAACCAGUCAAGGACACAACAGGAAAAAAAAAUCAGGCCAGUAACCCUAGUGAACAAGAGCUAAAGAUCCUUAACAGAAUUUAACAAAGCAAAUUCAAUAAUACUUAAAAGGAGCCCCCACCAUGUUUAACCAGAAUUUAUUCCAGAGAUGCUAGGAUAAGUUGGCAUCUAUAGAUCAAUCAAUAUGCUAUACCACAUUAAUAAAAUUAAGGAUAAAAAUCAUACAAUCAUCUCAAUAAAUGUAUAAAAAGCAUUUGACAGAAUUCAACAUUCAUUUAUAAGAAAAACUCUUAUUAAAAGAGGUAUACAGGAAACAUACCUCAACAUAAUAACUUGUCCAUGUAUAAUAAGUCCAUGUAUGACAGCUCAGCUUGUCCAUGUAUGACAAGUCCACAGCUAACAUCAUACUUAGUUGUGGAAAGCUGAAAGAUUUUCCUGCAAGAUCAGGAAGAAGACAAAGUUGUCCACUCUUGCCAUUUUUAUUCAGCAUAGUAUUGGAAAUCCUGGCCAGAGCAAUUAGGCAAGACUGCAUCAAACUAAAAAGCUUUUGUAUGGCAAAAGAAACAAAAGAAAAAUAAAAAAGUAGUAGGUAUCCUACAGAAUCAGAGAGAAUAUUUGCAAAUCAUGUAUGUGAUAAGGGGUAAUAAUCCAAAAUAUAUGACAAGCUCAUACAACUCAAUAGAGCAAAAAAGUCAUU